UCCCCAGGCCAGGAGCAGGGCUGAAGUUCUAAGUGAAAUGACCUCCCUGGAGCACAUAACGAAACUCACUGUCAGCCCCAGGGAUGAGCUGGCUUCAUCACAGGCUGCCACCCAGCAGCUGGCCUGUUGCUGUGGCUCUGCAGGCUGCUCCCUCUGCUGCGGCUGCUGCCCCAAAGCCCGGCAGUCCCGGACCACCCGCUUCAUGUACGCGCUCUACUUCAUCCUGGUCGUCCUCCUGUGCUGCAUGAUGAUGUCGCCCGUCGUGUCCAAGCAGAUGAAGGAGCAUAUUCCCUUUUUUGAAGAUUUCUGCAAAGGCAUUAAAGCUGGCGACAGCUGUGAGAAGCUGGUGGGCUACUCCGCAGUGUAUAGGGUCUGCUUUGGAAUGGCCUGUUUUUUCUUGGUAUUUUGUCUACUGACCUUGAAAAUCAACAGUAGCAAGGGCUGCCGAGCCCACAUUCAUAACGGCUUUUGGUUCUUCAAACUCUUGCUGCUGGGCGCCAUGUGCUCUGGAGCGUUCUUCAUUCCCGAUCAGGAUACCUUUCUGAACGCCUGGCGCUACGUGGGAGCCACGGGAGGCUUCAUCUUUAUUGGCAUCCAGCUACUUCUGAUUGUGGAGUUUGCACAUAAAUGGAACAAGAACUGGACCGCGGGCACUGCCAGUAACAAGCUGUGGUACGCCUUCCUGUCCCUGGUGACGCUGGUCAUGUACUCGGUUGCUGUCGGAGGCUUGAUUUUGUUGGCAAUAUUUUACACACAGAGGGACGGCUGCAUGGAGAACAAAAUUCUGCUGGGAGUCCACGGGGGGCUGUGCCUGCUGAUUUCAAUGGCAGCCAUCUCGCCCUGUGUACAAAAUCGACAGCCACACUCAGGUCUUCUGCAGUCAGGGCUCAUAAGCUGCUAUGUCACGUACCUCACGUUCUCGGCCCUGUCCAGCAAACCUGCGGAAGUAGUCGUAGAUGAGCACGGGAAGAACGUUACCAUCUGUGUGCCUGACUUCGGUCAAGACCUGUACAGAGACGAAAACUGGGUGACCGGGCUGGGCACCACCCUCUUGAUUGGGUGCAUCUUGUAUUCCUGUUUGACAUCAACAACAAGAGCAAGUUCCGAUGCUCUGCAGGGCCGAUAUGCAGCUCCCGAGCUCGAAGUAGCCCGCUGUUGUUUUUGCUUUGGUCCCGAUGGAGAGGAUUCUGCAGAGCAGCAAAAUGUCAAAGAAGGACCCUGGGUCAUUUAUGAUGAGAAGAGGGGCACCGUCUACAGCUACUCCUACUUCCAUGCCGUGUUCUCACUGGCUUCCCUCUACGUGAUGAUGACGGUGACCAACUGGUUCCACUAUGAAAGUGCCAGCAUCGAGACCUUCUUCACCGGGAGCUGGUCCAUCUUCUGGGUCAAGAUGGCCUCUUGCUGGAUGUGUGUCCUGCUGUACCUGUGGACACUGGUCGCUCCCCUCUGCUGCCCCUCUAGGCAGUUCUCUGUGUGAGGAGGCCACAGGCCCCUUGCGCAGCAGGCGUGAGCCCACCCUGGAGGGCUGCCCUUUGGACUGGUGCGCCAGGGAUCUGAACAGCAACAGUGACCCUUGACAGCCCCUGGCUAUCUUAAGUGGGUGUGACAAAGCUUUUCAGGAAAUGGAAAAAAAUGCAUUCUUGAUUAGGUUCUAAAUUCUGCAAUUCAAAAAGAAACAGCCAGUUUGAGGUAAAGAAAUUGAAGCCUACCAAAUCAAUGGGGAUGAUACAUGUGUUUUUUAUGUCUUAUCCUUAGAAAUAAGGUAGUAAUUAUGUUGCUAUUUUGGGGUGAAUUUUAACCAAAAAAUAGCUUUGACACAA